UUCCAGGGGAUUCCAGAGACUGGUUCGGAGCCUGAGCAAAGAGGAGGUUGUGCUUGCUAGCUAAAGAAACAUCUUUUGCUCCUCUCUUGAUCUGUGCAUUUCAUUUGCUUUGUCUGUUGUUGUUGUGACUGAAAUUUUGAUGAUGAGACGACCAAAAACAAAACUCAAAGUAAGGUUUUGGUUAUUGCUGGUUCAUCAUCAUCUUUGAUAUUUUUGUGAUUAACAAUUUUGUAUGUAAUAAUUUUUUUUGUACUCUUUGUUAUGCAAAUCGAAAACCUUAUGAGUCCGGUACAACCGUAAUUAACCGAAUCCGGUUCGGUCUGAAAUAUCAGUUACGCAAUUAGGCGGGUGACGUGGCGCUUCCUUCCCCACUGGUUUCGCUCCUUCGUAUUCAUUUCAGUUGAAUCGUCGUCAAUCUAUUUCGAUUUCUCUCAUUUCUCUCUCUUCUCUCUGUCUCUCUCUGUUGUUUGUUUAACACAAUGGCGACGACUAGUUUAGUAACCGGACUAAAAGUGUUUUUACCGGUAAUGUUCUGUGUGAUGCUCGGGACUCUUGUCUACACCAUCAUCACCGAUGGCCUUCCUUUACCUGAUCGUCAUGAUGUCUUCACACCAUGGUUCGUUACGACAAUUUUGGAUUUCUACAUCAAUAUCGUACCUAUAGCGGUUUGGAUUGUGUAUAAGGAGUCUACAUGGUCUGGUUCAAUACUUUGGACCAUUUUGCUUAUUAUCUUUGGAAGCCUCACGACCUGUGUGUAUCUGUUUCUUCAACUUCUUAAGCUGACAACUCAAGAAGCUUCGGAAGAUCCUAUGUACUAUUUGUUACUUCGAGAUUCAAUCAAGGAUGGAGUGGGUUUGAGAGACAAGAGUUCUCUUGUUGUCACUGCAAGAUUUGCGUUUGGUGCUUUAGGAUGUGUGAUGCUAGGAGCUUUGAUUUACACUAUCUUGACUUAUGGUUCUCCUUUCCACAUGGAGCUUCUAUACCCAUGGAUGGUGGUUUUAUUGGUUAACUUCUACAUUCAUGUUGCGGUAUUAUCAGUUUGGGUUGUCUAUAAAGAAACUAGUUGGAUCAUUGGGAUUCUAUGGGUUGCUCUAUUGAUAGGUCUUGGCAGCGUUGGCACUAGCGUAGCCAUUGUCGUGCAACUGUUCCGUCUCUCUCCUCUUGACCCGCUCUACCUUGUUCUGGUGAACAACAGUAAUCGGAAGCAAAGUUAAAAUUAAAGGCUACGUAGUGAACUCUCAUGGGUCAUCGCAGGGCUGGAGAUAUGUAUGAACGCACUCAUUCUGCGGUUUUGCGUAUGUGAAGCUGUGUGAUUUCAUUUUUAACUUCUUUUACCACAAAAGUUCAAAACUAUUAUAAGUUUGUAUGUUCCAUAGCUUUCUUUUGUAUAUUGUGUGACAAAACGUAGCCUGUUCCUCUGGGCAUAAAUGCAAUUACUUUUGUAAUCAACAUUUUUGGUCAUGAAUACUUAAAGAACACAUGGAUUUAGAGACCU